CGCCAUUCGCCAUUGCUAGAAUUUUUUUCCCCCAUUCGAGCAAAAAAAAUCCGUUUCGGUCGGGAAAAUUGUGAAAAGCAGUAGGAAACUUGCAAUUUCUAGUGAAAAGUAGACUUUUAAGUAGCGUCUGCUUCAGUGAAUCAGUGAAUAGUAAUAGACAAAAGACAGAAAAAGAAAAUAACAUAGAGAUGCGCGGACGCGGAGGAUUCAUUCCACGUGGUGGUGGCACCACUCGCGGUGGAUACUACAACAAUCGCAAUUCCAGCAACUAUGUUAAUACUCGCACCCAGGGCAAUUAUCGCCCGAAUAAUGGACGGUACGAGAACAACUACCACAACAACAACAACCGCUACAACAACAACGGAGGCGGAGGAAAUAGCCACUAUGAUAAUAGGAGUCGGGACAAGUUCAACCACCACAAUUCGAGCAGCGGUGGGCGGUACGAGUCCAGUUCCUCGAGCCACAAGCGCAGCUAUGACUCCUCUCGUGAUCGCAACGAUGACCGAAAACGCCCGCGCCAAGACGAUUAUCGUCGCACGUCCUCGUCGAACGAUCGCAGCGAUCGACCCUCGUCCUCGUCGCAGAACGUUGGCUCCUCCUCGUCGAACUAUCACCAGCGGAGCAGCACUGGCGGCGGGAAUAACGGCGGCGGUAGCUCAAGCUCCUACCGCCCGCGUGAUGAUUCGACCAGCGGUGGCGGCGGUAGCCAUCGCCAUCAGCGGGACGGAUCGAUGGGUCCGCCGAAGCGGAUGAUGCGCAGCGUGGCGGGCACCAGCUAUAUAUCCCGACCCCGCGGCACAAUGUCGAUGCGGGGCGGCAUGAUGCGCACCGGGAUGCGGGUGGGUGGUAUGCGCGUUGUGCGCACCCGCGUCAACGAAUCGAAUGACCUGCGCACCAUGCGCCGCCAGCUGCUCUAUGCUCAGCAGAAAGACCGGGCCCGCCUGCUCAAGAUUCAGCAGUUGAAAAGCUCGUUGCGACGACAACGCCAGGGCGGUAAUAGCAGCGACGAAUCCAGCGGCAAUGAGGACAAGGAUGGCGAUGAUGCUGAGAAAAGCAAGAAGAAGAAAGGCAAGGACAAGGACGCCGAUGGAGGCGAUGACACUGACGACGACGACGAUGAUGAUAAUAAUAAUGACGAUGACGAAGAGGACGAUGAUGAGAAGAACGAUAAGAGCAAGAAGACGUCACCGGGUAAAAAGCGCAGCAGUAAGUCAAACAACAACGAUGACAAGAGCGACGCCGAUGGCAACGAUGACGAUGAUGAUGAUAAUCACGGCGACGGCGAUGACGAUGAGGACAAGGACCUGAAUGAGUCCGGUGGUCCGAAGAGCGUCAAGACCGGUGAUGAGGCCUCCGAUGACGAGGAUGUCAAGGCAAAGGGCGAUGCCGAAGCCGGCGAUGGCGAUGGUAAAGGUGACGAGGCCAAGACCAAGUCGACGUCCGAGAAGUCAUCGAGUUCAGGUAAGAAGAAGGACAAGGACGACUCGAAGGACUCCAAGUCGAAGUCUAAGUCGUCGUCGAGUAAGAAGGAGCGCUCGUCGCGCAAGGACAAGGACGAUUCGGACGAUGACCGCAGCAAGGAGCGACGCAGCUCUCGCCAUCGGGACGAUGACCACAACAAUCGCAAGCGCAGCUUCAUCAAGCUGAUUUGCGUCCAUUGUCGCAUCAAGUGUGUGACCUUCAAGGAGUACAACUACCAUCUCAACUCGCGCUCCCACAAGAAUUCCAUGCGCCAAGUGGCCCUGAAUCAGCGAGCCGAUCUGCAGCGCAUGCGCGCCCGCCAGCGAACGACGCAGCGCGAGAUCGAGGAGAACAGCAAGGAGGAGCACGAGUCGCGGUACUGCCGCCUCUGCCGCUUGGCCUACCGCCAGCCGAAGAAUCUUCACCAGGCCUCCGAGCACCACAAGACUAUCAAGAAGUUCUUGAUGCCGUACUGCGGCUCUUGCCAUCUGGCAUUCAAGAAUGCCAUGCUCUACGAGAACCACCGUUGCUCACUGGAGCACAUUAGGAAUAAGGCCCGCAACGAUGAGUCCGGGUCGGAUGAUAGCGUGGAUGAGCGCGAGAUUGAUUUGAAUAAAUUCCAGACCGUCGAUUCGGUGGGUGAGAUCGAUGUGGACAUGAUAGAUGCCGAUGUGGAGGCCAUGGUGACGGAGGCGGAAACAGCUCUGAAGAGCGAGGACGAGGAGGUCCGCAAGAACGCUCUGAUUGGUCCGGACUUUAUCAAGACCAUUGAGGCUUUCUACUGCGAGUUGUGCAAUCACUAUUCCGCCAAGAUCGACGACGUGUCACUGGAGGACUACACCAAGAAGCAUUGCCUGCAGCAUUCCCACGUGAAGGCCUUCCUGCGCAACAAGGAGGAGAAGGAGAAGAAGAACAAGCCGGACGGUGGCGAUGAUGAGGAUCACGACGAGGAAAAGAAGGCCGCCGAUGACGACGCGGAGGGCGAUGACGAUGUCGAUGGCAAGCUGAACGAGGAUGAGGACGAAGACUUCCACGAUGGCAAUGAAGAUGACGAAGAAGAUGGCCAUCACGAUGAAAAGCUGUGGGAAGAGGUCGACAAGGAUCUGGGCGAUCUUUUGGCCGAGGUAGAGCCAAUUGGACAGGAGGAAGAGGAGGACGAUGAGGAUGAGUCCGUGCUUAACAUUGACAUUGAGAGCGAGAAAAACAAGGCGAAAGACGCUAAGGAGGAAGCGAAUGGCGAUGCCGAUGAGGGAGCAGCCAAAGACAACGCACCGGUGGCCAAGUCGCCGGAGAAAAAGCCAGCUGCCGCAGCGGUCACUCCGACGGUCAAGACCACAGCUGCUGCCGCAGCCAAGCAGCCGGCGAAGACGGCAACGCCCAAGCCGGCUGGCAAAGUGGCCAAACCAGGUCCCGCUUCCACGAAGCGUAAUGUCUUGGUCAGUGUGAAGCGCACGUCGGCGGCCGCAAUUAAAGCCGCCACCAAGUCCGCCAAUAGUGCGGCAGCCGAAUCCAAGUGAGCGACACCCGACUCGAGUAGCAGCAGUAAUAUAUAAUAUAUAUUAAUAAUAACAUAAUAAUAUUAGCAACAACCAAACCCAGUGAUUGGGUUGCUAUAAAACAUAUUUCAAAUAUAUAAAUAACAUCUACACAUCUAAAUUAAACUGUGCUCAAGCUAGUGUGCACACCAUCAAUGCCCAGCCAGAGCUGCUCCAUCACCUGGCCACCGAGCCACCCAGCCUGCCUGCUUAAUAAAUGUCUAGACCUAACUAAACCAA